UUUUUCUUUGAUGCUUGUUACCCUUAGAGAAAUUUUGGCUAAGUUUUCGACAUAGUUUUGUCUUUCUUUGCAGCAACUAUUGAAUUUCUUUUUCCUUUUCUUAUUGCAGAAUUUGCAGACAAAAUCUUACAUGGCUACGAUAGACUCGCUAAACACGGCUAUCUCACAAAAGGAACAAGCAAGCAAGAAGAACUAUGUCUUUGAAGAAAUAUCUGAAGUUGAAAGGUCUGCCAACUAUGAUCAGAAACAGAAACUUUGUCUGAAUAUUGGAGGAGUCUUACCUAUAAGAAACCACCUGGGAGGCUGGAGUUCGGCAUUUCUGUUGCUCGCAAAUCAAGGUCUUGCUACAUUAGCUUUCUUUGGUGUCAGUGUAAAUCUGGUUUUGUUUUUAACCAGAGUUCUUGGCCAAGAUAAUGCCUCUGCAGCCAAUAAUGUCAGCAAAUGGACUGGAACAGUUUACCUGUGCUCACUUGUCGGAGCCUUUCUCAGUGAUUCAUACUGGGGUCGAUAUCUAACCUGUGCAAUCUUUCAAGUAAUUCUUGUUCUGGGCUUGGUGAUUGUAUCAUUGUCAUCCUGGCUUAUGCUGGUUAAACCUGUUGGAUGUGGUGAUGGAAUACUAGAUUGUAAUCCCACUACACCAAUUGGCAAUGCAAUCUUUUAUUCAGGAAUAUAUCUCGUAGCACUAGGAUAUGGUGGACACCAGCCAACUCUUGCAACGUUUGGAUCAGAUCAAUUUGAUGAGAAUAAUCCAAAACAGAAAUCCUCCAAAGCUGCUUUCUUUUGCUAUUUCUACUUUGCUCUCAAUGUUGGUUCACUAUUCUCAAAUACCAUAUUGGUAUAUUAUGAGGAUACUGGCAAGUGGACACUAGGAUUUUGGGUGUCCGCAGGUGCUGCUGUUGUAGCCUUGGCAUCAUUUUUGCUUGGCUCAUCAUGCUAUCGAUAUAUCAAGCCGUUUGGUAACCCUUUGCCGCGUGUUGCUCAAGUAUUUGUUGCUGCAAUAAAAAAAUGGAAGCUUCCUCAAGUUGAUAGUGAUAAACUGUAUGAGGUAGAAGGAUCAGAAUCAGUAAUUAAAGGAAGUAGAAAGAUUCUGCACACAGACGAAUUCGGGUUUUUGGACAAGGCAGCAAUAAUGACAGAAGAAGAAAAAUUUGACAAGAGAAGUGCGUGGAAUCUUUGCACCAUCACUCAGGUUGAAGAAGCCAAAUGUAUCAUAAGAAUGCUUCCAAUAUGGCUCUGCACUAUUAUAUACUCUGUGGUUUUCACUCAAAUGGCUUCAUUGUUCGUAGAGCAAGGUGCAGUUAUGAAUAAAAGUCUUGGGAAAUUUAAUCUUCCGGCUGCUAGCAUGUCUGCUUUUGACAUUUGCAGUGUCCUACUCUGCACUGGAAUUUAUCAAAGAAUUCUUGUCCCCUUGGCCGGAAGAUUGAGUGGAAAUCCCAAAGGUAUAACUGAGCUUCAAAGAAUGGGAGCUGGGAUAAUCAUAGGAAUGCUAGCGAUGAUUGCAGCUGGUGUAACAGAGAUUGAAAGACUUAAAAGAGUCAUCCCUGGACAACAAUCCAGCUCUUUAAGCAUAUUUUGUCAAGUUCCACAAUAUGUUCUCGUAGGAGCUUCAGAGGUGUUCAUGUAUGUUGGUCAAUUGGAGUUCUUUAACAGCCAAGCUCCUGAUGGAAUCAAGAGUUUUGGAAGCUCCCUUUGCAUGGCUUCAAUCUCGAUUGGAAACUUUGUCAGUAGCAUGCUGGUUAAUAUGGUGAUGCAGAUAACUGCUAAGGGUGACAAACCUGGAUGGAUCCCUGAGGACUUGAAUGAAGGUCACAUGGACAAAUUCUACUUCCUCAUUGCCUGCCUGAGUGCAAUUGAUUUCGUGAUCUACAUUUUCUGUGCAAAGUGGUACAAGUGUGGUAAUCCUGAUGAAGAUAACUCAAUUACACAAUCCAACAAGGAGGAAGAUCAAGGUGGAGAUGAUGUGCUCAACAAAGUCUAGAUUUUGCAGUAUCUGGUUUUGAUAUUUGGGGAGGUUAAUUAUAUCAGGAUAAGAACAAUCUUGUCUUAAAUAAAUCAAGGGAUACUUGAAUGCUUUUAAACGUUUCAAUGGUCGAGAGAUCCAUAGAUCUCUAGUAGAUUGAUUAGUUUCUAGCUAGUAGAUUGAUUAGUUCUAGCUAGAAUAAGAUAAGCAAGAACUUUCUUGAUCUGGUGAAGGGCAUGAUUGCUUCUGCGAUGGUGAUUUGCUUUCUCCAGGAUUUUGUAAUUAGAAGUUGGCAACAUGUGCUAAUUAAUAGACAUUCUGCUAAUUAAUGGACACUCUGGUAGUUUUAUGGCCUUAUCAAA